AUGCAGCGUUUGAGGAACUUAGAGGCCUACUUGGAGCGCCGCCAUAAGAAGGCGGUGCCCAGCAACCCAGGACACUUUACACACCCGCAAAAGCAGUCAUUCUCCGUCCAAUACGUCCAGACCUCUUCCCAACACGACGCUCUCAAGACUUCCAUCGAAGAUAACGCACUGCAGCGAAGGACUGAGAAGGGAUUAGAAUGGGAACGAAAAUCACUCAAAUUUCAGUCCUUGGAGGCUGAGGCUAGGGAGCUGGAACAUACUCCGAAAAGAGACAAUGACGAUGCGGAGGUCCAUGGCGAAGCAAACUGCGCGAAAUGCAGGAUUCAACAUGAGGCAGACAGCAUGACCGUGGAAAUUGAUGAGUGGCCACUACCUUCGGAUAAAGAGCAGAUGGAGGCUUGCCUGUUUGAGCUGGAUCGACCACCAGGCUUUGAUGCGUGGCGAGACACGACCUGGAGCAUUGUACAAGAUCUUGGCAGAAAUCCGGCUGACCCUUCUGAAGACGUGCAUGUUCGUCUACACGAAUACUCCCACCUGAGGAAGUUAGCAACAGGCUCCCCCCGCAUCACGCUGGCCUCAUACACAAAGCCUUUCGCGCUGUCGCACUACAAGCGUCGCAAGUUCGCAAUCCCGAUCGACAGUAUAUGCGUCGAUAGUGGACUAAGAUAUCGCCUAUUCGACACGACUCAGAAAGCUUGGGUGACGCUUGCUAGAACGGGUGAGCGUCCAUCAUUGGCCCAGAAGUGCGUUCUUGCACUACCUAGCAGUCCGUACACGACUCUUCAGUGGGCCGUCGACUCAACGAAACACUUCGCGAACCAGGUCAUGGAGAAGCAAGCAGAGUGCCCACCAGAGAUCAGUCUUCGGGAAUACCAUUCUUUUGGACUCCUCCGUGCUGGUCCGAGACUACAAUGGAGCAACAUCCUAGCGGAACUCAGCGCCACGAACCUAACAUUGAAUGGCUCGGCCCGAGUAUUGCUCCUGCAAACGGCUUGGGAAGCUGGUCGAGCGUCCACCAGAGGAGUGCUCCGUGAAACGCACUGCAUGUUUGAAGACAAUGCUUUCUGCCAGAAGCUUCUGCAGGUGUUAGGGCAUGUGGCGAACAGGGUUGCGGCGAGUUGGAAAGAGCAUGAGGCCGUAGCGAUGACCAUCAGCCUGCUACUUCGCCUUCUCUCCCUUACGCAGUCGGAAGAUGUCACUUUAGAGGCAAUAUCGCUGCUUCGUAAGCUACGAGAAAUCAAGGUUAGCCAGACCAACAGACGGCUGUUACGGAUUGCAGCCAGCACCUGUCGCACCACCUACAAUGUUGACGCUCGGCACGUUCCCAGAAUCUUAUGCACUGACGCGGACGUCGCCUGUUUAAUCGAGUGUUCCAUCAUCGUACACGACAAUGCGACAAAUGACAUACCUGCCACCCAGGCAAACGUGGAGGACACACUCAUCAACCAUGCCUUGCAACAUGGUCUACGAAGCUGCAUACUCGAGCUUCCUACGGGUAUGAACACAGCUGUCACCAAGGUCCUGACAGGAGCAGUUGUUAGUGACCCCUGGCGCAUCUCUUCGGAGAACUCGUCUACGUGGGUCACUAACUUCAUAGACGCCACGAUACCUCGACAGUCUCGCACUACUCUUCAUUACAACCUCCUCAGUGGCGAGCUGCUCGUAGGUGGCAGGCCGCUGGGGAGAAUGCCCCCAUCUUCCGAGAAUGAUGAAGUCUUUCGCCGGGUUUUCGAAGCCCGGGUGCUCCGAGUGUCUUCAUCCGAUAUGCCAGGUAUGACGUACGCCGCAUUACAUCCGAUCAACGGACAUCUGGUUCAUCUUGGUAUGAGGCAAAACAAACUCAUCGUUCGACCACGCCUGGGUAGCAGAAUACUCGAGAUCAUCCCACAUGAACUGUUUCGAGCUGACUUACCCCGGCAAUUGGUCGAAGACUACGUACACUGGCUGGACCUUCAGAGCAAUGAGAUCGAAUUCCGUCCACGGAACAGCAUUUGGAGCUCCUCCGAGCAGAACUGGCGGUUGCAGUUCUCCUCUAGAGGCCCGACAUCUCUGCGAAUCUUGAACAAGAGGUUGGUGAAUCCACUUAGCCACAUUGCUCGAAAGAUCUUCAGCAUCCUCGCUACAUUAGACGACAGGGUCAACAUCCACAUCACCAUGACGGACGAAAAACUCAUAGAAGUCAGUUUGCCCCGAUUUGCGCUGCAUUUCUUCGUGAACCGGGCUGGCGCUUUAGAAUCGAGGGAGUACGAUGCCGUUGUUGGCUCGGAUCAGAUUUUGGGCUGCUUGAGCGGCUUGAAGAGCAAACUGGUACUUAACAGCCAAGCGUUUGAGGGAUCUCAGCUUCAGCAAAGCGUUCUAAUACCGUAUGGUGAAGUCUUCAUCAACAAGGCCGAUUCUCAUGUUGCCGUGAGCAUCGAACCUGGCAAAGAUGACAAAGUUCGUCAUUUCCAUUAUCGUAUCGACACACACCUCCGGAAGCUAAAGGGGCCACCUGAGUUGUUAUCUGGGCUUUUCAAGGCCUAUCUGCACGCAAUUACCACUCACUGGCUGCCUGACACCUUCACGGGUCUCACCGGUACGGAGGAGGCCCUGGAAAUCCUCAGCGAAGAAUCGAUGCGGAUGUGCUUUCCUCUCACUGAGGAUGAACUGCGCACGCUGCACUGCAUUUCGGCACUUGCCCCUCGCCGGUUUUACUACCCGCAACAUCUGGAACGGAGCGGCCAGGUGCAAGUAGUCAUGUGGCAUAAGGUUUUGUCACCUCUCGCGCAGCAUGAAGAGUUCCAUAACAUGGCUGCGGCCAUAUCUGCCUAUGCAGCGAGGGCUGCAGACCUGUACCCUGAGGGAGAACGAACGAAACUAGUGGAGUACAAAGGCGAUCUUCUUCUUCUGGAAAGAGCUGCUCAGCGUAACGCAGCGAUUAGGCCGCGCGACCACCUUCAGAGCAGUCCACUCACCAGGGGUGAUGUUGGAUACAGUCAGCGAGAUACAGCUAACGCCUCUGAUCGAUACUCUAGGGUUUCUGAGAUUGCGAAACUGGUCCAAGCGUGGCCAUUAAAGGUUGAUAUCUGUCUGGAUCUAGCUAAACGUAUGAAAUCGUGGACGACGGUAUCUGGAUUCAACGGAUCCUUCACGCUUUUGUCGUAUACGGACCUCCUUGACUUGGGACGUGACAGCUGGGGUUUACUGUUCAAUCUCUGCCGAAAAGCCCGCCGCACCGACUCUCAUAGGCUCAUGUUCCUCUUUGGCACGCUGGCUUUCGGCGGAGAUAUUGAACAGAUCCAUCUUCGGACACUGCUCGCUGUUGCAUUUUCAGGAAUCUUUCGCGACCUCGCUGGACCGGCACAGGACAGCUUCGACCUUUCCGCAGGUAGCGGGCCAGAUAAUUUGAAGCUCGAAAGUAUUCUUCGCCAGCAUACCGUACCCUUCGUGUGUGGUCCGGUGCCGCCAAACUCAACAAGGUAUCGCCGGGGAGUAUUCCGCAAGCAGGAGACUGCAAAGUACACCAAGGAGGUCACCGCGCAAGUCACGCAGCUUGCAGAGGAUUUCUGUGAACAGUGGCCUGCAGCAAGGCUAGUUCCUCCAGCUCAAACAGCGGUGCCACUGAUCAACCUAGCUUCGGCGGUUGCUGCUUGCAACGAAAUGUUCAAGGUAUGGCACAGCAACGCAACAUUCCUGCAAUACAUUCGAGGUAUAGAAGUAGAUCUACGUCCUUUGCACGAUCCGGCGCAGACGAGCACGCCCGCGGAAGCAGCCAUACAGGAGCCCAUCAUUUCGGCGCACCAGGAUAUAAUCUAUCCGUCGCUCAUGGACAUCAUUGCGAAUUCAUCACCGCCAGCCCUGGAACCGAUUCCAGAAGCCCUGACCCGUCGGCCCCGUCCGUCUAAGAGCUCGAGUAGUCAUGCCGCCGAGAACCAGCAUCGCAUGUCUCUUGACUCCUUGGAUGAUCUGGGAGAGGAAUUAAUGGCCCGAGGCGGUUCGAUCCAGCGGGAAUAUGCUGAAGUUCUUCGCCUCAGCAUCACGCAGCUUCGUGCGCGGCCUAUGGCCGGACUGCAGGACUAUCCUCACCACGCCCUGGAGUAUGCGGAUCAUGCAGCUGAUCUCAAGGCCUAUGUUCACCAGGUGUUCUCCUCCAUCACGGCUGCUCUAAGUCCCACCGCGUCUCACCAAGUUCUACUCCAAGAGGCCUCCAUUUAUCCACCGGCUACGCCGCGUUCGCUGCUUGCACUUCUAUCUAGAAAGACAGUGAAGCAGCUCCCUGAGGGUUGGCUGCAAGUGCUAAUCACUUACGGAAGCUCAAUCGCCAUAUAUCAGCGCUCAGAACGUUUAGUUCAGCUCGCCGCUCAAAAAGAUAUCUUGGGAUUACUCAAGCUUUUGGAGUGUCCUGGUCGAGACGGUUGGAGUCCGAUUCAGUAUCCCGACUGGCUCCUCAUCGAGAUAGAGAACAACAUAUGUAUUCGGGCCGUUCAGGCGCGAGUUGCUCAGGAAAUGCUCUCGCCCUCCUCGAUGACCAGUCAAGUCUAUCAGCUGAAUUGUGGCGAGGGGAAAUCCUCCGUCAUCAUUCCCAUGCUCGCCGCUGCUCUAGCUGAUGGUAACAGUCUCGCGCGAAUCGUCGUUCUGAAGCCGUUGCUCCGCCAGACUCAGUAUUUGCUGUCUCAGAGACUUGGAGCGUUACUCGGUCGGAGAAUAUACUAUGCGCCAUUCUGUAGGAAGACGAAGCUUGACCAGCAGACUGUCGCAACACUCCAGAAGAUCUACAAAGAAUGCAAGGAUGAAGGUGGCAUUCAAUUGAUUCUGCCUGAGCAGAUCCUUUCAUUCCGAUUAGCGGGCCGAGAGCGCCUCGCGUCUGAUCAUUCGCUCGCGCAAAAGCUCAUAGGACUGGAGAGGUGGCUUGAAGCUAAUUGCCGGGACGUUCUAGAUGAAUCUGAUGAACUUCUCGAUACCCGAUUUCAAGUUGCGUACACGAUCGGCACUCAAAGGCUGUUUGACGGACAUCCUGAUCGUUGGCUUCUGGUGCAAAACGUCCUCUCCAGGGUCGCGCUCCAUGGGAACACGCUUGCGAAGCGGUUUUCCAAGGGUAUCGAACUCGAUGAAAAGCCGGGGACUUUUCCUGCCUUGAGCAUCACCAGCAACGAAGUUGGUGAAGAGCUUGAGGCACUUCUCGUAUCCGAUCUUGAAGAGGGCAAUAUCGCUGGUCUCUCAAUUGGCUUCGUUCCUGCCACCGUGCGGCGAGCUAUCCUCAAGUUCGUGCGGUACAGAAAGGUGGACUCAACCAUUGCCUCGCUCGCCAGUACAGCACUUGCAGGCACGCCUCAGCUACUCAAAGCGGUACUUCUACUUCGCGGACUGAUAGGUCAUGGCUUACUGUUGUCCGCAUUGCGGAAGCGCUGGAUGGUUGAGUACGGCUUGGAUUUACGCCGGUCGUUGAUGGCUGUACCAUAUUAUGCAAAAGGGGUGCCAUCAGUAUCUUCAGAGUUCGGACAUCCCGACAUCGCCAUAAUACUUUCGGCUUUAAGCUAUUACUAUGCUGGUCUCACGCCUGAGCAGCUACGACAAUCCUUUGAUGUGCUCUUCAAAGUUCCCAGCGCCGCGGAUGAGUACGCGUCCUGGUGUAUUUCAUGCCCCGGACUGCCCGACCAGCUCCGAUCACUUGAAGGGGUAAACAUCGAGGACGAAGAUGUGUUUACCUACCAACUACUUCCAUCGCUGUCGAAGAACAAGAAAGCCGUUGAUUUCUUCCUCUCGAACAUCUGCUAUCCGAAAGCCGGCAGGGAGUUUCUUCACAAGCUAUCGACUUCUGCUUGGGACAUUCCCGCGUCACGUCGGGGUAAACCAACAACCGGUUUCAGUGGCACUAAUGACAAUCGGUUCCUCCUUCCACUGACGAUCCAGCAAUACGACCUGCCUGAACUUCAACACACCAACAGCAUGGUUCUGAACCUCUUACUUCGGCCAGAGAACAGGGAGUACGUCAACGCGGUCGAUGGCAAUGGCCGGCGUCUUGAUAUCCCAGCUCUUCUCAGGCUUAUCUCCGCACAAGAGCCUCCCAUCCAUGUGCUUAUCGAUGUGGGCGCACAAGUCUUGGAGAUGAAGAACCAGGACGUAGCUCAAGCGUGGUUGAAGGUGGUGCCGAAUGCCACUGCUGCAGUCUUCUUUGGCGAGAACGAUGAGCAGAUGGUAGUGGAUCGUGAGGGUCGCCUCAGUCACCUGGAAGCGUCUCCGUUCAAGUACAAGUUGGGCGACUGCUUGAUCUAUCUUGACGAAGUUCAUACGCGGGGUAUGGAUCUUCCGAUCCCGCCGGGCGUUCGAGCCGCCCUGACGCUGGGUCCACGGUUAACGAAGGACAGGCUUGUGCAAGCCUGCAUGCGCAUGCGCAAGCUCGGAUCGGGCCAUGCACUUGCCUUCCUUGCUCCUCCUGAAGUUCACCAAGGUAUACUAGACUCUGCUGGAAAGGAGGUCCACGAGCAAGUCACAUCUCUGGACGUUAUCCGGUGGUCCAUACUCCAAACAUUGCAGCAGGCCAAGAACAAUCUUCCGCUUUGGGUCAUGCAGGGCGUUGAGUUUGUCAAGCGCAGGACCAUAUGCGAAAGUUUCUUGACAGAGCCUAAUCCCGAUCGCCUGUUUUCUGAUGCUCCACGUAUCAGCAACAUUUGGAACGAGCUUCGAGAAAACGACGCACAGGGCCUCCAGGAGAUGUAUGGAACAGAUCGAAGUCACACCCAAGGAUCUCUGCCUGCUCUCAGUGAAUCGCCUAACGAUCCCAUUGCGGCGCACUUGGAGACCGUUGCCGCAACAUUGGAUCCCAGUGCGGUCUCUGAGACCGCACUCAACGAAGAGCAAGAGCGUGAGCUAGCUACCGAAGUCGAGCAGCAGCAACAGAUACAGCGACCACCGGCUGCUUCAGCACUUCCUCACAAACUGAGUGCUGUCGUGGAGGAGUUCGUUUCCUCUGGAAGCCUUCCGUCUGGACAAGGCGAGCUUGCCUUGCCGGCGUACACAAGCUUAUGCAAUACAUCAGUCAUGAAGCAAAUUGGCAGUUUCGACGGCAUAUGCCCUGAUAUCUACGUUUCCGUCGACUUCGCUAAUUCGGUCAAACUAUUAUCAAACGCGCUCGGCGAUGAUUACCUCAAGCCUGUCCGAUGGGUGCUAUCUAGCGGUAGGUCCAAAGCCGUAUUCAUAAUCAGCCCGCACGAAGCAAACAGACUCGUCGACUCGAUUAGGACAUCAGACCAUGCUAGACUCCACAUCUUUGUUCCCCGUGUCGCGAAAACAAUGACCGGCUUCGGCGAUUUCCUUUACACGAUUGCUGGAACUGAGCGUGCGCCGGAGAAUUGGCCGUCGGAGCAAAUACUCCGCGGACUAAACCUUUUCGCUGGCUCCCUUUACCUUCCCAAUUACACAGAGUAUACAAACCUUUGUCACUUCCUCGGAAUCGCCACUAGAGGCUACUCGAACCGCAGCGGACAAAACGAUCCCCAAGUGUCAAUCGCUAAUGACGGGUUCGUUGAUCCGGCCUCUCGCGCCGCCUUGCAGUGGCCCGUGGAGUCACCUUUCAAGCAGAGCCCGCUUCCGUUUAUCAAGGCACUCCUCUCGCUCCGUCAACACGGGCAAAUUUUCGCGCAUACGCACAUGGGAUACAUAACGAGUGGCAGGGUUUUGACGGAGGCGGACUUUCCAGACACAGAUGGUCUCUUCUUUCCUAUGAAUGACUUGGGAUAG